AUGGUGCACGGGCAUGCACACACCCAUGACCACCCUCUGGAGGUGCGCAUAGAGGAGCGGGGUCAUGACGACCACGAAAGUCACGACAACAAUAACAACAACAAUGACGAUAGUAAUGUUGUUAUCGUCUACACAACCCUCAGUAACAACGACGAGACGACUGCUGCAGCGCAGAAUACCAAGAACAACAAUGUCGGCGUUGGACCAGCUGUUGGUGUGACAAAGACAUCAUCUGAAGAGUCGAAGACUACUGAGGCAAUUAAGACUACGGAGGAGGCUAAGAAGACUACCGAAGAAGCUUCCACCACCGAGAAGGAGUCGGAUAAGAAGACCAAGGAUGAGCAGACAACCACUAAGGAAUCGGAAAAGCAGACAACCGCAAAGGAAACCUCUGAGACUGGAAAGGCAAAAACAACUGCAGAGCCUACGAGCACCGAGCAGACUGAACUCAUCACUACGGCUACCCAUGAUGCCAAAACAGGUGCCACUGCGACCUCAUUCGUUACCUCCGCAACUCAAACAUCAUCAGACACCAGCCACGAUGUAAAUGGUCUCGGUCUCGGUGCAGCAGAGACUGCCUCAUCCACAAGUUCCGCUGCUACGGCAUCUUCUACGUCGACCGGUUCUUCCUCAGCGGAUAUGUCUUCUGGUGCGAAGGCCGGUAUCGCUAUCGGUGUCAUUGUCGGUGUCGGAUUGCUUGCAGCCCUGAUAUUCUUCAUUGUUCGAAAGAAGAAGCGCAACCAAAUCGACGAGCCUAAUAUGAAUGAGAAGAUGUUUACCGCUCAAAAUCUUCCACCUGCACCGCCAAUGACCAAAUCAAUGACUCCUUCAUCGGCUCCGCAGCUCAAUGUUCGCCCCAUCACCCAGUUCGCUCCCGAUCUGAGUAACAGUGCUUCUUUCAACACGGCCAGUACCGCAGCCGCUGGUGGUGCUAUGGCAGGCUCAGCUGCAGUUGCAUCUCGCAAUCUGACCGGUGAUCUGCCGCCUCCAACUCCUCCCAAGUCAGCCGUUAGCUCUUCGAACCCAUUCACUGAUCCGGUCAACCCUUUCAACACCGGAAACACGCCUAUUGAAAGAUCACCCGUCUCAACCUCCGGCUCGGGACAUGACGCAUCGAUCGCUGCAACGGCAGCUGGUACUGCCGCCCUUGGUGCUAUUGGAGCUGCAGCCGUUGCGUCUCACGAAUCUGACAAGGACCACCACCGAACUGCAUCAGCCGAGUCAGAAGGUCGCCCGCCUAACUCCCCAAGCCCUGUCAGCAUUGACGGUGAAUCUGUCUCUUCCGCAGCCCUGGGUGGCGGCAGUGUUGUAGGUGCUGGUACAGCUCCUUUGAAUGUCCACCGUGUCCAACUCGACUUCAACCCAUCAAUGGAAGACGAACUUGAACUCCGAUCCGGUACCUUGGUCCGAAUGCUUCACGAAUAUGAUGAUGGAUGGGCUCUGUGCACGCGCCUCGAUCGUUCCCAGCAAGGAGUCGCUCCUCGCUCCUGUCUCUCUGCCCGCCCUGUAAAGCCUCGUCCUCGCCCACCACCUGGAGCCCCUGGCGCCCGUGGUCCACCCAUGAUGGGUCCAAACGGUCACCCAAUACCUCCUCCCGGUCGUGGCCCUCCAUCAAGUCGAUUCUACCCCACAGAGGCUAGGCCUAGAUCGCCGGCUGGCCCCCCGGGAUACGGAGGUCAACGCCCCUACCCCAACGGCAUGGGCCCAGGCCCACUCAUGCGCCCAGGUCCCCGAUCCAUGUCGCCCGGUCUAGGACCCUACCCAGGUCCGGGUCCUAGAUCAAUGUCUCCCGGUCCCGGUCCCUACCCGGGUCCCCGAUCAAUGAGCCCCGGUCCAUACGGACUACAAGGAAUGCCCCAGCCCGGCAUGCCAAUCAACCAACGUCAAAGAAGUAACAGCGCAGGCAACAUCUCUCCACCAAACGUUGGAGCUGGCGCUCCUCCAAGAUCAAGUCCGCUUGCUGCGACUCAGCCCCCCGCGCCAGCCCCUACGGGUGAUCUCCCCGCCAUCCCUGGUUCUGGUUCUGUGUCAGGUUCGCCUCCACCACCCGGAUCAUCGCCAAUAGGCAGGAAGCCCAUUGCUCAGAACUUCUAA